GGCAGAUGUAUCCCGGUUAGUCAUUGGCUGAGAUCUCGAGCGGUUAUUCAUUCUGUCACGAUUCUCGGUCUUGCAGACUCGGACAGCGAGCGUACACUCGGACUAGUAGACCGUCCUUGCCGGGAGACGCAUGAGGACUCCAUCCAAACUAAAUUAAAAAAAAAGAUUUUGCCUGUCAUCUUUUAUUGUCUGGUAAAGACGGCGGAGGAACAGAGCAGGAUUUAACCAGCAGGAGCUGCAGUAGCGGUGUUUCAGGUCUCUGUGUGAGCGGGUUGACAGUUUUAACCAUGCCGGUGUUCCACACCAAGACCAUCGAGGGCAUCCUGGAGCCGGUUGCCCAGCAGAUCUCUCACCUGGUCAUCAUGCACGAGGAGGGGGAGGUGGACGGGAAAGCGAUCCCGGAUUUGACCGUCCCGGUGGCCGCGGUACAGGCGGCAGUCAGCAACCUUGUCAGGGUGGGCAAGGAGACUGUUCAGACCACAGAGGACCAGGUUAUGAAGAGAGAUAUGCCCCCUGCCUUUAUAAAGGUGGAGAAUGCAUGCUCUAAGCUGGUACAGGCAGCUCAGAUGUUGAAGGCGGAUCCCUACUCAGUUCCUGCUAGAGACUACCUCAUUGACGGUUCUAGAGGGAUCUUAUCAGGAACCUCAGAUCUUCUGCUCACCUUCGAUGAGGCCGAGGUGCGUAAGAUCAUCCGUGUGUGUAAAGGGAUCAUGGAGUAUUUAACGGUAGCGGAAGUGGUGGAAACCAUGGAGGACCUGAUCACCUACACCAAGAACCUAGGACCAGGUAUGACCAAGAUGUCUAAGAUGAUUGAUGAGCGGCAGCAGGAGUUGACCCAUCAGGAACACAGACAGAUGCUGCUCAACUCCAUGAACACUGUCAAACAACUCCUGCCCGUACUCAUAUCAGCCAUAAAGAUCUUUGUGGCGACGAAGAGCACAUCUAGUGCUGGGGUUGAGGAGGCCAAGAGAAACAGAUGCUUCACCUUCGAGAAGAUGAGCGCUGAGAUCAGCGAGAUCAUCAGAGUCCUGCAGCUCACCACCUGGGAUGAAGACACAUGGGCCAACAAGAAGGACAUGGAGUCGAUGAAACGCUCACUGGCUGCCAUAGAAGCCAAGAUGGCCCUGGCGAAAAGCUGGUUUAAAGACCCGCACGGCCAACCAGGCGAGCCUGGGGAGGUAGCAGUGCGAGUGAUCCUGGAUGAAGCAGGGAAGGUUGGAGAACUGUGCGCUGGAAGGGAACGCAGAGAUGUACUGGGUACCGCCAAGACCCUGGGUCAGAUGACGGAUCAAGUUGUAGAGCAACGUGCCAGAGGCCAGGGUCCUUCUCCACCUUGUGUCCAGCGUGCCGGUCAGUGUUGUCAGGGUCUGGAUCUGCUGCUUGGGAAGGUGGACAGUGCCAGCCGCCGGCUGGAAGCAUUAACUAACGCUAAAUUGGCCAUCGCUAGGAGACUGGACGCUGCCCAGGCAUGGCUGGCAGAUCCUAACGGGGGUCCGGAGGGUGCUGAGAACAUCAGAGUGUUGCUGGCCGAGGCCAAAAGAAUUGCUGACCUCUGUGAAGACCCCCGGGAGAGAGACGAAAUCCUGAAAUCCAUCAACGAGAUAGCAGGACUCACCGCACGACUAGUGGAUCUGCGCAAGCAGGGAAAAGGGGACAGUCCGGAGGCUCGUGCCCUGGCUAAGCAGAUCGGAGCCGCUCUCCUGACUCUGCAAGCCAAGACCAACAGAGCGGUGGCCAACAUGAGACCUGCCAAACCCGCCGUCACUCUGGAGGGCAAGAUGGAGCAGGCCCUCCGCUGGGUCAACAACUCCGGUCAGGAUGACAGGGGAGUGGCGUAUGAGCGGCUUCAAAACAACACAGGUCAGGCAGCGAUCCGGGGCUUGGUGUCAGAGGGACGGCGGCUGGUUGGAGGGCUGGGGGGGCCGUACCGGCAGGAUAUGAUUGGCCGCUGCGACCGUAAUGAGGCACUUAUGACAUUGCUGGCUGACAUGGCCGGGAGGGGAGAAGCCGAAUCACCUCAGGGUAAAGCUACUGCUUCACAACUACAGGACAGUUUGAAGGGCCUGAAGGGUCGAAUGCAGGAGGUCAUGACCCAGGAAGUGUCUGAUGUCUUUAGUGACACUACCACCCCCAUCAAACUACUGGCUGUAUCUGCGACUGCCCCCCCUGAGGCACCGCACAGGGAGGAGGUGUUUGAUGAGCGUGCUGGUAACUUCGAGGCCCAUGCGGGCCGUCUGGGGGCCACAGCGGAGAAGGCAGCAGCUGUGGGAUCGGCCAAUAAGACCACGGUGGAGGGAAUACAGGCUACUGUUAAACACGCCAGGGAACUCACUCCACAGGUGACCUCUGCAGCUCGUAUCCUGCUAAAGAACCCUGGGAACCAAGCGGCCUAUGAACACUUUGACACCAUGAAGAACCAGUGGAUCGACAAUGUGGAGAAACUUACUGGCCUGGUAGACGAAGCCAUAGACACCAAGUCCCUGUUAGAUGCGUCUGAGGAGGCCAUAAAGAAGGACAUCGAUAAGUGUCGUGUUGCCAUGGCAAAUGUACAGCCGCAGAUGCUAGUUGCUGGGGCGACCAGCAUAGCGCGGCGAGCCAAUCGCGUACUCCUGGUGGCAAAGAAAGAAGUUGAGAAUUCAGAAGACCCACGUUUCAGAGAAGCAGUGAAACAUGCUUCAGAUAUUCUCAGUCACACUAUCUCACCAAUGGUCAUGGAUGCCAAGGCUGUGGCAGGAAACAUACAGAACCCAGCCCUCCAGAAGGCCUUUCUGGAUUCUUCCCUUAGAAUUCUGUCUGCUGUUGGGAAGGUCAGAGAAGCCUUCAGCGCCCCGGAGCCUGACUUUCCCCCUCCUCCCCCAGAUCUUGACCAGCUGCACGUGAGUGAUCCGGAGCAGGCCCCCCCUAAGCCCCCACUACCGGAGGGAGAGCUGCCCCCACCCCGGCCACCGCCACCGGAGGAGAAAGAGCGAGAUGAAGACUUCCCAGAGCAGAAGACCGGAGAGCUGCUAAGCGAACCCAUAAUGGUGGCUGCUAGGCAACUGCACGAUGAGGCGCGAAAGUGGUCCAGCAAGCCUGAGGAAGAGGAGGGUGUUGAGGAAGUAGAUGAUGAAGAUGAGUAUACUGAUGGCGAGGAUGACUAUGAGCCCGAGCUGUUGAUGAUGCCGUCGAACGGCAACGCCGUGAAUCAACCCAUCCUAGCCGCUGCUCAGUCUCUCCACCAGGAGGCACGCAAGUGGUCCAGCAAGGGCAAUGACAUCAUAGCGGCGGCCAAGAGGAUGGCGUUGUUGAUGGCCGAGAUGUCCCGGUUAGUUCGCGGUGGCAGCGGUAACAAGCGGGCUAUGAUCCAGUGUGCUAAAGACAUCGCCAAGGCCUCAGAUGAGGUCACCAGGCUGGCUAAAGAGGUGGCCAAACAAUGCACUGACCGACGCAUCAGAACCAAUCUGCUGCAGGUGUGUGAGCGUAUCCCCACCAUCAGCACUCAGCUAAAGAUCCUGUCGACAGUUAAAGCCACCAUGCUUGGACGAACCAACAUCAGCGAGGAGGAGUCUGAACAGGCUACAGAUAUGCUUGUCCAUAAUGCCCAGAACCUGAUGCAGUCUGUCAAGGAGACAGUGAGAGAGGCAGAGGCCGCUUCAAUCAAGAUCCGCACCGAUGCUGGAUUCACGCUGCGCUGGGUUCGCAAGACCCCUUGGUACCAGUAAAACACAAACGCAGAUAACAACUUCCCUUUUAAUAAACCUUUUUAGUUGUUACCUUUGAAGAAUUGGAAAAUACCGGGAACUUUCAAUAGAUUCCCUGGUUUUCCAGAAACCCAUUAUGGGAGUGAAUAAGCAGUAUUAAUGCCAUAGUAAGAAAUAAGGAAAAUCCGGGAAUUUCUUGAAACCUUCCGGAAUUUUUACUCCGACGUUCCCUUUAUCUGGUAAAAUCUAGGAUGACAGUUUUAAUAUAUAUUUUUGGUAUGUUGGGUUUCAAGAGUUUAUCCAAAAUCCAGUUAUAUAUUUUUUGCAUGAAGAAUUUUUCUAUUUUCUAACUUUUUUUCUUACCUGUCCCAUUCUACAUGAAUGUCAGAGUUUACGGAUGUUAGCUUUUUAUCUGGUUUAACCUGUGAGGGUUUCAUAUUACAUGUAAAUAUUUAUUUUUGUGUGGUUGCUGACAGCACUCAGCUCUGUGCUCAAGCUAACAUAAGUGAUUUAGCCUCUAGCCCUUGUAUCACUACUUCAUGUUUUCUGAAUGGUGGAAACCAGCACCCUAAUGCCUUGUUCACAUUAAAAUGUAUUUUAUUACUAUGUACAUCCUUUUCACGCAAUCACGUUCAGCAACUGGUUGGACAAGUGUAAAGUCUAUAGUGCAUGGAGAAGAGCCUUUCUCUCAUCAGAUAUUGUAGGACUUUGCAAAAAUCUUUAGUUACUUCCCUUACUCUUUUUUUCAGUAUUCUCUUUGCAAGUGAAGCUAACAUAGAAUGGAGCUAGGCUGGGAACUUCCUGUUUUUCUGGUAGACCCUAGCUGCGCUGAAGAUAACUCAGCUGUGUUGCUAUUCUUUUCCGUUCUCCCUAAGGGUGUUCUCCUUCACUUCCCCUUAUGCAUUUAAAAACAAGCAGAUGAGUGCAAGUAGUUCCUGCCACGUUACACCAGUCCAUUCCCGUUGUAUCCAUGAGAGAUAGUGUGCAGGUGCACUCUGGGAAAACCUUAAAUGUUUUGAAUUAGGCCACUUUUUAGAAAAUGUUAAGAUGAGCAGUGUCUGUUUCACAGACUUGUAGGAGGUCUUGCAAAUAUACUCUGUUGUGGACAUUUUCUGUGGUCUGAGUGCUUAACUCUUCAAUCACACCUGAAAGUGUUAAGAUUUAAAUAUGCUAGGGAAGUGAGCUGUCACAUGCUGAACAACCUGUAUUCAAAACAUAAUUAUGCCUUUUUAGGGCAAACAGGUGUUGAGUUAGCUCGAUAAAUGCCUGGCUCCACCAAACCACAUUGAUUAAUGUUCAUGUCCUUCCAAUAGCAACUUCAAAUGUUAAAAGGACAAUGCACCCAGUGCGCCCAGAACCAGAGUCAUGACCCAGGUGAAUAAUAUUGACCCAUGGUUGCACCAUCCGACAAGGAGAACAGCAUUGAGAGAAUGUGUUCUGUUGAAUGACUGGCCUUGCUCCAGGGUAGGAUAUCUAAAAUGAAGCUCUGUAUGUGGAGAACACCUGUGUCUCUGCACGAGGAUUUGAACCACAUAAAUGCACACAGUGCCCUCAUUGAGGGGCCUCCUACCGACACCUACUAGGCAAAACUGUUUGAAAGAUGUUUUUUUCAACCAGAGACACCUUCUCAACAUCCUUUUUCUAAUUGUGUGUAGUCACAAUGGUGUUAAAAGCACAGGCCUCUUUCUGGGACAGACACAGAUUCCACGUUGGUAGCGAGGAUGCCGGGCUAACCUGAAACAGCAGUCGCCACGGACUUCCACUAAACAGUCAGAUGAACCGUGGUUUCCAGGAACCAGGAACCGUGGUUUAUCCAGGAACCAUGGUUUCACAGAGCCAAUAGCGAGCCACUGACAGAUUUCCUUGGGUUGCCUGACCUUUUUUUUUACCUCCUUGCCUGUACUAAUAGACACAGACAGAGCCAGAGUCUCAGGGAUGGCAGAAGUUUUGCAAGAAUGACAGUUGCAUCUCAAGUGUAACUGGGCAAAGCCGUUGACUGGAAGCAGAAACAGGGAUGGACAAGGACAGCAGAAACAUGACCCAAGCAGAGAAACAACAGGCAUAACAUGUGGGGAUUGGUUAAGUCGAUGUGGGUGGUGGUUUCAUGUUCCAGGCUUCCACGGCACAUAGACCUUCAUUGGUCUUUUUGGGCUUUAAGUCAUGUCCUCAACAAUGAAACCCAAAUCGAAGUGUUGAAAGGGACAAUGCCUGGAAUGAUAUAACCCAAGUGGACAGUUAAGUUGUAAGGAACCAGUGGAAGAGGAGAGUCCCAAGGCAGGAGCAAAUGUAUUUAUAUGCAGGAAUAUCAACAAAAAAUUCAAUUUCAAAACCCGGCAGUGACAUUUCACAGUGAAAAUGCCCAAAGGGAAACAACUGUGGACAGUCACGAUGCUGUUGUAAGGAACUGUUAGCGAAGGAACAUUCUAAGGUAAGAGGUCAUUUAUUUCUCUUCUUUAAAAUAGAUUGUUGUAUUAAAGAGCAGAUAAUCCUUGUGGUCUGGCCUGUUUUAAAUGGCAGAAUUGUAGUUCAUAUUAAGGUUGUGCAUGCAUGUGAGAGAUCAUUCUCUUAGAGCGUCAUACCGACCAUCAGAAAAGGGGAAAGCAAAGACACUGUAGAUGUGUUCAAGGUGUACAUCUGAUGUGUACAGGUCAGAUUCAUCCUAUAGAUGAGAACAGAGCAUUGUUUUCACAAGUAGUUCACUUUUGAGUGGCUCUGAUGUAAGUUAUGCCUUGACGUUAUGUCUCUGAAAAUAGUGUAAUCGCAUUAAGGCCGAAAAACACUGGAACGGACUGCCAUCCUGUCACCAUUGAUCAUGAAACAUCGGUCUGUUGAAUCAAAACUAUUCAUCUACACCCAGCAGGCGCUUGACGGCACCAUUUUCAUUGUUGGUUAUCCCAUUUUUAAAGCCCGACUUGGGUCAAAUUCUCCAAAAUAAUGGCUUUAAAAUAACUGAUCAAGACAUCACACAAUGUAAUUUACUGAAGAAAGAAUUUACAUUUAAAAGAUGUCCAGCUACUGAAGAUCCAUUUCUUACCUAUCUAAAACACUUCCAUCACAACAACAAUACUGUUAAAGUUAUAUUAGAAAAUACUCACUGCAUAUCAUAUAACUAUCUGGCAAGUGACUCCUCAACGUCAAUGAAAAAUCCUGAGAUACCUUUUGUAUGUUUUGAAUUUGAUUGUGAUCAGGAAUCUGACCGUUUUUAAUGUCCCAGGUCAGCCUUUAAACAUGCUCUCUUCAUACUUAUUUUAUUUCUGUCUUAUUAUACAGAGAUGCACCUAAUAUGAGAUAUGUAAUACAGGAGAUAUGUAGUACAUAAAGUGACGUAAAAAAACCUGUGGUCAGGAUUUGUAUUUCAGAGAUGUUAUUUUAUAAGAACCAAAAGUAUUAUUCAGGGAGUUGAAUGUAGAGGUGCUAGUUUUCUUAAGCGGUCAAUUCCGCCCACUGGUACACAAUGGUUGCGUCCAUAAUGGGCCCCUAUUCCCUAUAUAGUGCACUAUUUUGAUGACAUCUGUAUGGGGCCUGAUUGAAAGUAGUGGACUACAGAUUUAAAAGCGUUUGGGUACACAGUGACAGCGUUUGUUUGAUGUUAGCAUGAUACAAAGUGUCUAUUGAGGCUGUGGGUUAGUUCUCAAAGGAUGCUUUCUGCAUUAUUACAGAAUUGUGUUUGACUUGAAGUCACAAACGAUGCCAAAGAAGUUUGUUUUACACCUGUAUACAUUAACAUGUAAUAUGAAUAUCUGACCAAGUUAAAAGCACAAUGUAUGCAGACAUAAGGAAACACCGAAUGUACUUGAGUUUCAAAGAACUUGCAGGUCUAGCGCUAUUUUUUAGUACUAAAGACAAUAAAAUAAGAUUGUUUUGCCGUGUGAUCUGAAUGCUGAUUAGUUGGUUAUUUUCUGUACAAUCCAUGUAACAGUUGAACUGUUACAUUUGGUAUUUUGUAAUGGUUGAACAAACUAUAAAGCAAAUUUUAUAGUUGCACAGCGCUAACAUCUGUCUUAUCAGUGUUUGUUUAUUUGUUUUAAGUUGUGUGUGUCCCCAGGGAGCACAGGUCUUAGUUUAACGUGAAGGUUUGACUGGUUGAGUUUUCAGUGAAGAUGAAUUCAAUGUGAAUACCAUGUCAUGUCUAUAAAGAUAAGUACACAUUUGGGUGAAAAAUAAAUUACUUUCAGUUGAA